CCACCGUCAAGCAUCAUGGCGACAGAGUUUCACAACCUUCAGGAGCUGCGUCACAGUGCAUCUCUGGCCACCAAGGUCUUCAUUCAGAGGGACUACAGAGACAGCACCAUCUGUAAAUUCCAGACCAAGUUCCCCACAGAGCUGUACAGCAGGAUCGAGAAGAGCCUGUUUGAAGAAACAUUGAAGACGCUCAACUGCUAUUAUGCAGAAGCUGAAAAGAUUGGAGGUCAGUCCUACCUGGAAGGCUGCCUGGCUUGUGCUACAGCCUACAUCAUCUUCCUGUGCAUGGAGACACGGUAUGAAAAGAUACUGAAAAAGAUCAGCAUGUAUAUUCAGGAGCAGAAUGAGAAGAUCUAUGUACCCAGAGGUUUGCUCCUCACAGAUCCCAUCGAGAGAGGCAUGAGAGUAAUCGAAAUCUCCAUCUUUGAAGACAGUGGCUCCACCAGCUCCUGUGGAAGUUCUCCAUACAGUAGCACAGCUCAAUGACUGGAGGAGCAGCACCAGGGGUACGGGUACAGGGGGGCCAGUACGCUCCCCAAAAUCCGAAUGUUGAAACAUGAGAGCACCAGAUUUUAAAAAGAGACAGAGAGAGAUGAAGUACAGGUACUGCUCACUCGCUCACUCAAAUCAAUAAGCGCAAAGCUAGGAGCUUUAGCUCACAAACAGACCUCCCCUUCCCUACCUCAUUUAAUUCAGCCUCCUCUGCAUUUCCAUUAGUGACAGACACAUGUUGAUCAGCCCUCAAUAGUGAAAUGAAGAGGGCUAGCAGACAGGUACAAUGGUCGGAGUGCUUCCUACAGAUUUCUAACUUUUCUGUGUUAGCUCUAGAAAAUCCAGAUUAAGAUGGUUUUGAAACAUGAUAGCUGGUUUCUAGCUAGCCUAAGCCAAGUCCAGUGUUAUUUUAGGAUCAUUGAGAUACUAUAAUAGUUUUUGUUAAAAGUUCAGUAUAUAAUAUAAAAAGCUAUCAAGUGAUAUUCAAAUUAAAAUAUUGGUGGGAGUUAUUUCUCCCGCCCCUCCUCUAGAAUAUGCUCACAACGGUUGCCAGAUUGAGGACACACAAC